AUGUGCAUUUUUUCCGCGUGUGGGCAGAUCGUGUUUGGAUUUAUUAUGGGCUUAUGCCUGAUUCUGACGGCAGUUGCUACAUUCGACGGAAAGCUUCUGUCAUGGGACUGCAUAAAUCAGGAGCAUCUAUGUAAUCCAUGGCAACAUGCACAAAGGGACCACAUGAUAGCUGUUGCGUGUGCCCUGUGUUUAGCCAUUGUGUUCCAAGUGAUAUCCUGUGCUUGUUGCUGCAAAAAAUACAUCAUCCACCCGUUGGUGGGAUUGGCAUUCAUCACUACAGUAUUUCUUUUUAUUGGUGUGAUCGUCUAUGUGGUGGCGCAGAACGAAUCAGAUGGCAAACAUUCACUGUGGCAACUGAAUAUAAAGACAAGUUCAAUCUUGAAAGGCUAUCUGAUGAUAAAAAAUACAUCUAGCAUUUUUGUACAUGGCCCCUUUUCAGGCUUCAUCAACUACCGUAGUAAUGAGUAUGGCUACUCGUUCUGGUUAGCAGUAUGUGCUCUGAUAUUGGCUGCUAUGGAUACCAUCGUCGCAGGGAUGACAGUAUGUCUAGGAACUCGAGGACUCUGA